CGGGCGGUGCUGUCGGUGUAUGAGAUGUGAGGCACUUGAACGCACCACUGGGGCUUUAACUUUGACAUCCAGAGCGGGCGGUGCUGUCGGUGUAUGAGAUGUGAGGCACUUGAACGCACCACUGGCGAACAAGAAGCCCACAAUGAAGAUGAUGGAUUCAUACCAAGAAAACAUUUGAUCGUGAGGAGAACACUCGGUUGUGUGUCGGAUUAUGGGUCGUUUAUGGAUCUGCUGCCCAUUGAUUUUAUUAAUAAUAAUUGUUUUGGUGAAGCCAACGUUGACGGACAUUGACGACGAGUCCUGCAAUGGUGCAUUCGAUGUUUAUUUUGUGUUGGACAGGUCGGGCAGCGUGUCGGCACACUGGCAUGAGAUCUAUGGCUUUGUGGAGCAGCUCACCAAAAAGUUUGUCAGUCCCAGGAUGAGGGUGUCCUACAUCGUCUUCUCAGCCCAAGCAGUAGUAAUCCUGCCGCUGACUGGAGACAGGUCCAAGAUAGAUGAAGGCUUGAAUAAACUCAGCCAAAUUAAUGGAAGCAACAAUGUCUGCUUGUCUGCUGUCAGGUCCAAGAUAGAUGAAGGCCUGAAUAAACUCAGCCAAAUUAACCCUGCAGGUGAAACUUACAUGCAUGAAGGCUUGAGAGCGGUGUCGCAGCAGAUGAAAAGACAAAUGACACCAUCACGCAGCAUCAUCAUCCUUCUGACUGAUGGCAAGCUGGAGGUUUACCCUUUUGAGCUGAGUGUGCAGGAGGCGGACCUGGUCAGAGGCUUUGGAGCCCGGGUGUACUGUGUCGGGGUCAUGGACUUUGACCACAAACAGCUUGCUGAAAUAGCAGACGGCGCAGAGCAAGUCUUCCCCGUGCUGUCGGGCUUCCACGCCCUCAAAGAUGUCGUCAGCUCUAUCCUCAAGCAGUCCUGCUCGCAAAUAUUCACCAUAGAGCCGUCAAGUGUUUGUGUCAAUGAGUCCUUCAAUGUGGUUGUGAGAGGCAGCGGCUUCAGCGGAUCAAAGAGGACUGACAACGUUCUCUGCUUUCUCACAGUCAGUCACAACACAUACAGCCAGAAGGCAACAGUAGCCGUGGAUGGUUACCUGCUGUGUCCAGCACCUGUGCUGCAUGACAUCGGACAGUCAGUGGAGGUGCUGGUGAGCUUCAACGAUGGCCAAUCCUAUAUUUCGGCUCCCAUGACCAUCUAUGCCACGACCUGUUCAGAUGGGAGUUGGGUGUUGUGGUUGCUGUUGGUUCUUCUCAGCUUGCUGCUUCUUGCUUUACUUUGGUGGUUUUGGCCUCUUUGCUGCACUGUGGUGAUCAGAGACCCUCCACCCGCUCGUGCUCCUCCUCCUCCUCCUCCUGAGCAAGAAGAAGAUGAUUCCCCCAAACACAAAUGGCCUACAGUGGAUGCGUCUUAUUAUGGAGGCAGAGGUCCUGGUGGAAUCAAACGCAUGGAGGUGCGCUGGGGUCAGAAAGGUUCCACAGAGGAAGGUUCCAGGCUGGAGAAAGCUAAGAAUGCUGUUGUCAUCAUGCCGGAUGACGAGGACGAGGCCGUCAUACCUCGACCACCACCCAGACCCCCCCCAGUCUAUAAUUCCCUACCACACAAAUGGUACACUCCCAUCAAGGGGCCUUUUGAUGCGUUGUUGGCGUUGUUGACAGGACAAUACCACAGAGUGGCCAUCAUGAGGCCAACACACAACCACAAGGGCCGCUGCAUCAACUUCACCAGAGUCCACUGAAAUGGAGGUUUUAUAUCAUGUAUUAUAAUUAUUAAAUGUCUUUCCAUUUAUCCUGCUGCUCAUUUGGUU